UUCCAGUGCAGAUUGUACGGGUUGCAGCUACCAUGUUCUGAGCUCCUAACUGCACAUAUGAUGAACUCUAAAAAAAUAGGACAAUGAUGACGUUUGUUACGUAGUACUGCUUAAACUCAAUGCACAAAAAUAGAAGCUGCAAUCACCAUUCCUCUGGAGACUUCAUCAUGAAUCUUUACUCGGUUCCAAUUGCAGUUGACGAUCUCAAAGGUUUCCAUGUGUAAUAGAAUGUUACUGAAAGUUUUCUUAUCGAAUAUCAUGGUGUUCGUGCCGUCACAACCUAAUUAUGAUUUGGAGGAGAUUAGCAUAUACUUUCAUAUCUAAGGAAGAUUGCCGAUUAAUUUAGCAAAGCAUGCAACUGACACUGAGAGUGCAUCGAAGGGUUCUAUGUAGGAGCUACUGAGUAGACAAGCGAGCAGUAGCAUAAGUUCUCCCUUCAUUUCUUUUCCCGUUAUUGAGGUCCAGGAGUAGAGGACUUCAUGGAGCCGAAUAAAAGUUCCAGGAGCUCGCGGAGUAGCAUUGAGAAGCACACCAUUUCAUUCUUUACACGUUGCACUGUUCUAGUCUUCUCUGCCGUAUGGAUCUUUGUAAGUAUACCAAUACUAUGCGUGGUGUUGGUCAUAGUAGUGAUAGCCUGGAUUGUACAUCGACUGAGUUCAUGCUGCUCGAGUAUCUCCAGGAGCUGUCCAGAGUUCCUGACCACAACAGAACUCUUCUGGUUCUUUAAUAGUAAACAAUCCUCAUCCAUUUUACAGUGCCUUAUUAAACUUGAUAGUUAUGCCACAGUCAAUUCAGUGCGUGACGUCAUAUCAAAUCGAAUGUCAAAUCCUGACAUGCCGAGAUCACUCUCCUUUCUUAGGCUUCAGAAACGGUUGGUGAGGACUUGCAUUUCUUUUGCUUGGUACCUGGACAGCGAUUUCACCUUGGAAAAUCACGUGACUGAACUUGCAGGAAAGUUUAAGUCUGAAGCGGACGUUGAAACGCACAUCUCGCUCAUGGCUGAUAAGGAUUUAGAACCAGAAAGGCCAUUAUGGAAUGUCCAAGUGCUUCAAUGUGGUUGGGAAAACAGGACGUAUCUUUUAGUUCGCGUACAUCCAUGUUUUGCAAAUGGGAAUGCCUUUAUUGACCUCCUGUGCCAACCUGAAACAAAGAGUGUCCAUUCAGUGACUCAGUAUGAAGAACAGAACUCCUCCCACCCAUUAAUGAGCGCUAUCAGUGCUGUACUUUUUGGACCAUUGCUCAUAGCCUACUUCAAAUUAUCACCCAGAAGUAACUCACCCAAAGUCUUUCCAGAAAAGAGCCAAAGCAGUAAAUAUUCAAUUGGAUGGUCUCGUCCAAUAAACUGCCAAAAGGUCCUUGAAAGCAAAGUCGUGGCAAAUUGCCACAUUUCAGAUUUUGUAUUGUGUGCUGCUGCAGGUUCAAUGCGUUCCAUCUUACCUUGUGACCCUACGCAACAAGGUUCUGAUACCUUCAUGGCAAAUGUCCUGUAUAGCUUCCAAAGAUGUAGUGACACAUGCGUCAUCAACUGUACACCAGAAGUGCCUUUGGAUACACAGUUCGCCACAAUCCCUGUGCAGUUGCCUUUGCACAAGGAAGGAAUCAUCCCUAGGUUGUGGGACACCAUACGAACCACCAGAACCUUAAACCAAUAUUGUGCAAAGGCCAUCUCAUGUGGUGUCCUACAGACCCUGACACUGCUUAUUCCGUCCAAGUACUCUUCCCUUUGGCUCUCGAAGACACUUUGCAAAGGCCAGUGCCUCAUCAGUUAUUUCCAGGCAUCCAAGACAGGCCUCUCUAUGGCUGGAGUCACAGUAUCCAGCAUUGUUCAGUGGUUCCCACCAGGAAGGAAUUCUUUCAUUAGCUUUUCUGUGCAGACCUACAAUAAUGAACUUCGUGUCGGGGUAGUUGUUGACAAAUGUCUGUAUGCCAAGGCCAACACAUUGGCAGAACGAUUUGCAACAGAGAUCGAUACACUUAUUUCCUUUCUGGCUCACCGCCGGGUCCUCCGGAAACAUCGGCGUAAGAAGAGUGAUGACUUUGAAGACAUUGAUGAAUUUGAUGACUACCUUGACCAAGAGACUGACCAAGAAUCAUUCAACGACGAGAUCUGUCGACCAUGCUGGUCUAAACGAAACUCGGACACCGUCGAAGAUGAGAAUGAACAGCCGCAAACAAGUCAACAACACUCCCUCGAGAUCAUCAACCUCGAUCAAGAAUCUUCACCGGAGGUCGUUGACGGCGGCGCUGGCGGCAGUCUGGAUCAGUUCUUUACCAAGACACACCAUACAGCGGAAGGCGGUGAUGACAUAUCAGCACGCCAGGACAUUGUAACCAUUCAUGGGUUGGAAGAAGUUGUUCCAGGGUCGGUCAUAGCCGUAGAGGAAGUGCAAGACGAAGAGAAUUCCUCAGAUCUUGGUGAUCGCCGAUUAUCAAGUACACCUCGACGCGAGACCGUUAUUACCUCAGUAGCCAUCAACGUACUUGAUCCAGCGCAGUCGUUUGACUUUUCGCCCUGCGUUGAGCGACGGCCAAGUGCUACUCUAGACAUCUGACAGAAGGCAUCUGCAAGAAAUCAACUAAUCCCUCAUAAUGGGUAGAAGAUUUCUAUGAAUCUAUAGGAUCUGGAAAUCCUUGCAGAGAACAUCUUUACCUAUUGAACUCUCUCAAGAUCAAGGGAAAAUAAUUUCCAAGGAGCUUUAAAAAGAGAUGGAGUCAAGUCAAGAAAUUCCAUUUGAACAAUGUUCGAUGCUGCAGUAUGCGUCAGCCACAUAAGGCCCACAUACACUGGAUCUUCCUUUCAAGGCAUAAAUAACAAUAAAUUUACCAACUAACUUCAAAAUGAAUGAUUGAUAGAUUCUACUUUUAGCUACCAUAGGUCUGACAAUAUGCGACCAGCCACCUCAAAAACCACCGAUAAGUCGCAAUCAUUUAUUUAAGUCGACAGAAAACUUUGGUAAUGACGGGUAUUGAUGAAAAAUUAUAUUGAAAAGUCAUGAUUUUGAGAUAAGGGUGAUUUAUCAAAUGAGGAUCCACAUCACUGUUCACUAUUUUCAAACAAGACACAUAAUGUGACCAGCCACCGAAAAACCAAAAAUAAGUCGCCCAAAAUGAAUUUGGACAUUUUCAUUGAGCUUGAAAGAGCACAUGCUAAGCUUUGAACUAAUAUAUACAUAACUUGUCAAAAUUUAUCAACAGUGACCAACACGAGUACUUGAUUUAAUGGAAAAUAAUUCAGCGAGAGCUGAAUAAGGACAAAACAAGAUUUAAGUUUGAGGUUCACUCAAGCACGAGAUGUGCAUUCUCGUUGAAACAUCCAAGCAGUCUUCAAAAAAUUGGUGUCAAAUAAACUCCUGUCUCUACUCUUUUGUUCAAGUUAACAACUUUAACAAUUUAAAGAAUGAUUUCACAUUUCAAUACCUUACUAUUAUUUGGCUAUUUACAGAAAACCUUCCCUGGCGACUUAUUGUAGGUUUG